CACGGGCAGCCAGACCGGCGUUUUAGGCAGCGUUGGACGGCAGCCUGCAACGUGGCGGCGGGGCAGCUGCAAGACUACUGGAGCAAGGUCGGCAGCGGCGCGCAUGUCCCGACCGCGUCGCCAGAGGCGGAUCUGACGGCAGCGUCGUGCAAGACGCACGAGGAGAAGACGCCUGGGAAGGCGACCCGCCGCGGGGGGAAGCGAUGCGGUUGGCUCUACGCAUGCGCCCCAGAGGGAUACAUUCUCCACCUGAAGGAAGACGUCGGUUCGGAAAGCUUGCCGCAACGAUAUUUCUCCCUUGCUGAGCUGGUGGAGAAAGCGCCCGCCAUCCACGUGGUCAGGCACGAUGAUGCUUGCCACCUGCGGAGGUACACGUCCAAGCGCAAGGAUGACGGCCCCCUGGCUGGCAGGAUGGCGUACCCGAAUCUGCAAUGCAUCACGGAUGGGCUACGCGACAGGAGCCACGUCGACCCGCGGUGCUUGGCGAACUGCCCACCGAAGGCAGAGUGCAACAAAGAGUACAUAGAGGGGCACAACAGCCAAGCGUGCGGACAGCUAUUUGGUCGGAUCGGCAGGCACAAGUUCGUCGUGCGUGCCAUGAACCGCUUGACUGGCGCAUUCUUCCUGCAUGAGAUGGCCGCCGUGGUCAACGCCGAGUGGCUCGCCAAAUAA